AUACUACUACAUGCAAAAUGGCGACGGCGGCGUGGCGUCCGUCCUGUUCAAGCCGUCUGCGUUCUCGCUCCCCCUGCUGCCCAGCAUCACCGGGGCCCAGAGCCCGCGACCCGUGCAACCCGAGCAGAAGCACGCCGGACCGGGACAGGCGCCCCCGCCGCGUGCUGGCCGAUCGCUGCCACGGGCGGUACGUCUACAUGUACGACCUUCCGCCGCGCUUCAACGACGACCUCGUCCGCAACUGCAGGAACCUCCAGAUCUGGAUGGAUAUGUGCCCGUACGUGGUCAACUGCGGCAUGGGCCCGGCGAUGGGCGACGAGGGGGGCGCCUUCUCCGGCCGCGGCUGGUUCGCCACCGACCAGUUCUCGCUCGACAUCAUCUUCCACGGCCGGAUGAAGCGCUACGACUGCCUCACCGACGACCCGUCCCGCGCCGCCGCCGUGUACGUGCCGUUCUACGCCAGCCUGGACGGCGGGCGGUACCAGUGGAACAGCACGUCGAUCCGGGACGCGCUCGGCCUGGACCUCGUCGACUGGCUGGCGCGGCGGCCGGAGUGGCGCGCCAUGGGCGGCCGCGACCACUUCUUGGUGGCUGGCCGGACCGCGGUGGACUUCGGCCGGAACUCCGACCUCGACCACGAGUGGGGCACCAAGCUCCUCAACUUCCCGGCCGUCGAGAACAUGACGGCGCUGGUCCUGGAGACCAACCAGUGGAAGCCCAAGAAGCGGCGCAAUUUGGCUGUCCCCUACCCGACGUACUUCCACCCCGAGUCGGCGGCCGACGUGGUCGCCUGGCAGGAGAAGGUGCGCAACACCGAGCGCAACUGGCUCUUCUCCUUCGCCGGCGGGCCGCGCCCAGGGAACACCGAGACCGUCCGCGCCGACAUCAUCCAGCAGUGCGCCGCGUCCACCCGCUGCAGACUCUUCCACUGCGGCGCCGGCCCUGACGCCGGCGCCAACUGCAGCUCGCCAGGCGGCGUCAUGCGCGUGUUCGAGAGCUCGGUCUUCUGCCUCCAGCCGCGCGGGGACACGCUGACGCGGCGGUCCACGUUCGACACCAUGCUGGCCGGCUGCAUCCCCGUCUUCUUCCACCCGGGCUCAGCGUACAGGCAGUACACGGCCCACCUCCCCAAGGACCCAAAUAGCUACUCUGUGCUCAUCAUGCACACCGAUGUCACCGGCCGGAACGUCAGCAUCGAGGACACGCUGAGCAACAUCUCGCCGGCGGCGGUGAAAGCCAUGCGCGAGGAGGUCAUCCGGCUCAUCCCGAGGUUGGUUUACGCUGACCCGAGAUCGAGGCGUGUCGAUUUCACUGAUGCGUUCGAUUUGGCGACGGAGGCGGUCAUCAACCGCGUGGCCAAGCGGCGGCUGGUCGGUAGACAGGACUAGUAACGCCGCCACGAUGCGAUCUUGUGACCAACACAGCCCGUGAGUUUUAGUUUGUUGCUGAUUGCAAUUUCACAUAGCUAUGGCAAAAUUCAUUGAUUUC